CACCGCAAACGUAUGGAGAAAGACCUGACGGAGCUACAGACGCUCAUCGAGGCUCACUUCGAGAGCAGAAAGAAAGAAGAAGAGGAGCUAAUCAACCUCACCCAAAGAAUUGAGAACCGCAGGGCAGAACGAGCGGAGCAGCACCGGAUCCGGACAGAGCACGAGAAAGAGCGGCAAAACAAACUAGCCGAGGAAAAGGCACGGAAAGAGGAGGAAGAGGCUAAGAGGAAGGCCGAUGAUGACGCUAAGAAGAAGAAGGUUCUCACGAGCUUCCAGUACACGGGAUUCAUGCAGAGGACAGACAGAAGGGGUGGGCCUAAGAAGCAAACAGAGAGGGAGAAGAAAAAAACGAUUCUUAGUGAACGCCGUAAGGAACUGAAAGUCGAAAACCUGACCGCUGAUAAACUCAGAGAAACUGCGAACGAACUCUGGAAGUGGAUGCGCCAACUUGAAGCCGAGAAGUUUGAGCUGCAAUACAGAUACAUGUGCCAGAAAUAUGAGAUCACAGUCCUUAGGAAUCGCGUCAGUGACCAUCAGAAAAUUACCAAAGGCUCUAGGAGUAAGAGAGGACUACGAAAAUAAAGCAGCUUCACAGAGACCACAGCAACUGAUAUUUGCAUAAAUAAUAUGCUUUAAUAUAGUUAUACAUUCUGAUCCUUAUUUAAUACACUUACACAUCCUGAUCCUCUUAUUUAAAGUUUUUUGAAACGCUACAAAGAAUAAAAACAGUCAUCUGAAUGAAAGAUGAAAUGGUGAAGUUGGUUUUUAAGAGACUAAUAAAUAACAGUCCACAUUUGUCGUUUUAAUAUGAUCAUUUGAAUUUAAUGACUUUUCUGUGUUAAUUAUAUGCAUGUCAUAAUAUGCAAAGUGCCAUGAUGUGUGCAGCUGCCAUUUAUG